CCUUAAACGUCACUUCCUGUGCGCUGCUCAUUUUGACCUAGCUCCCCUCGCCCAGCAAGGUUAGCCAGCCCAGCGGCGGCCGAAUGAAGUCAAGUCAACCGGUGUUUUGUCCUCUCUGCCCCUUCCAGACCUCGGAGAACCGACCCAGAGUCGCUCGCUGCUUCGCUUGACCUGAUCGACGUGCCCGCUCGACAUGUACUCUUGCGCCAAGUUCGUCUCCACGCCCUCGCUCGUCCGUGCAGGGUCUCGGGCUUUGUGCAGACCUCUCUCAGCAGCGGUUGUGACAGGACCAGAUGCCAGGAGAGUGGAGGGUACUUCAGUCCUGCUGCCACAAAGUAUUGUGGCAUCCCAGCAGCAAAUGGUACUGCGGGGAUUCCAGACGAGUGCUGUGAGCCGUGACAUUGACACUGCUGCCAAAUUCAUUGGCGCAGGUGCCGCCACUGUAGGAGUGGCUGGAUCAGGAGCCGGCAUUGGAACAGUGUUCGGUAGCCUUAUCAUUGGAUAUGCCAGGAACCCAUCACUGAAGCAGCAGCUGUUCUCCUAUGCCAUCUUGGGAUUUGCUCUGUCUGAAGCCAUGGGUCUCUUUUGUCUUAUGGUUGCUUUCCUCAUUCUGUUCGCCAUGUAACGGGUUUGAUGUUUAGUUGUUCAGAAGUGCAAAACAAUGUUCAACAAAGCUGACAGUUUGCAGUUCCCAUGAAAGGCUGACUGGGAUGCUGAUUCUCUGUAAUGGGUAUUUCUUAGGCGAUUGUGAACCCACUGAUGUGACUGUAUGAAACUUUAUCGGCAAACUGUUCAUUAUGUUAUUAACGGUGGUUUGGGUAUGGCAUCUUAUACCUCUUAGAACAUUUUGUUCACAAUGAGGGCAGGGAACCAGUAACAAUCAAAAUAAAAUAAAUUAAUUCAUACAUCUGA